AAGAGGGAGGGGCGUGCGCAGCCGGUGUCAGUUUCGGAGUCCUGGCCGCUCACCUUCGCGCAGAGAAUCGCGAGCCCAGCUUCUCGCUGAAUCUUUUCCCUCCUCGGCGGGCCGACAGCUUCUGAGAACUGGGCGCCCCCACCCUGUUCUGCAGCGUUCUGCAUCUCCCCCAGCCCGGGGCCCCUUCCUACAUUUCCUCUGUGGUGUACUGAUCCAGGGGACUUUCUGUCUGUUUUCUCCUUUUCCCUCUUUGUUGCUCUAAAACCAUUCAAGCCCAAACCCCCUCCGGAGGGAGUUCGACUUCUCCAGAAAGGCGGCUGCCGCGGACUACACCGACCCUCCUGCGGACCCGAAAGCCGGUGCGCCCACCCCGCCUGCCCUACCCGCCUCCUGCCUUCGUUCGCCGGAGGAAGCCAGCCGAGACUUCAUUGAUGCACCCAUUCCAGUGGUGUAACGGGUGUUUCUGUGGCCUGGGGCUGGUUAGUACCAACAAGUCCUGCUCCAUGCCACCCAUCAGUUUCCAGGACCUUCCUCUCAAUAUCUACAUGGUCAUCUUUGGCACGGGGAUCUUCGUCUUCAUGCUCAGCCUCCUCUUCUGCUGCUAUUUCAUCAGCAAACUCCGGAACCAGGCACAGAGUGAACGAUAUGGCUAUAAGGAGGUGGUACUUAAAGGAGAUGCCAAGAAGCUGCAAUUAUACGGGACCUGUGCCGUCUGUCUGGAAGACUUCAAGGGGAAGGAUGAGCUGGGUGUGCUCCCAUGCCAACAUGCCUUUCACCGGAAGUGCCUGGUGAAGUGGCUGGAAGUACGCUGUGUCUGCCCUAUGUGUAACAAGCCCAUCGCCGGGCCCUCAGAGGCCACUCAGAGCAUCGGGAUCCUAUUGGACGAGCUGGUGUGAGUUCUGCCUCUGGAGAAGACCUCUUGCCUCCCGGGUGCCAGGUCCCUCUGCACAGCUUCAGUGAACAGGACUGUUGGGCAGUGAUUGACGUGCUUACCUGAAGGGGUGAUAAUGCAGGGCUGGUCUCCCACCAUCAGCGUGAGACCGGAGUUGCCCCACCUCUCUGCCUCCUGAAGCCUUCCUCCCUGCUACUCAGAACUAAUGGCGUCCCCCAUAAAGAACACUGUAUCUUGGUACUGGACUGUCUACCUGCCUGUCCCUGCUGGGGAAAGCCAUCCACCCUUAUCUGGCUGAGCACUUAGAGUUCACCCCCUGAGGGUUCCCCUUAGGAGGACAGGCUGCCCUGACCUGAAGAAGGGAUAAGAUGGGCUGUGCCCCGCCUGUAACCUCCCUCCCCUCUUCACUCCUUGCCUGGGAAGGUGAGAAGGGGGGAAAGGAAUGAUCAAGGAACCAUCAAGGAACCAAGUGCCUCCAGCGAGGGAGGCUCUGUAGGAAGUUGGGAAGAGCAGGGACAUAGAAAAAGGAAAGUCAAUGUUUACAUGGGGCCUGUGGAAGUAAAGGCUGGCCGGCAGGCCGGCCUACCACAGGGUAACGGAGGGCAGAUGCCUUCCCCCUGCUAGGAUCUGUGGUGCUAUCCGUUCACUCUCUUCCUCGGUUCAUCUCAGAGCUUCCUGUUCUGUGUUGGGGUUUGAGUGCCCCUUGAGAGGAAGGGCUUGUUCUACCCUCAAACGAAUUCCCAGGGGCUUUUUCUAAAGGAGCAAAAGGGGCCUGGGGAUGGGGGUGUCUGAAGGUUAAUUAAGGAAGCAGCAGAUACCUUCUUCCCCUUUGUAAAUAGUAUUUUUAUACUUCAUUCCCCACCAUCUCAGGCUUUAUACGUGGAACCCCUGAAUGGAGGGGGUGGGGUUUUUUCUCUCCCCCACCUGGAGUAGGUGAGGGUGGGACAAAGGUAUGUAUUUAAAGAAAAUUAAAUUUAAUAACAAGUUUCUCUAACUUUUUGCCUGUGGUCGUGGCCUGUGUCUCUUGGCCCUUUUCCGCCACCAGAGGAAACAAAGUUCUCUUACUCCUCACUUCCCUGAACUCCAGCACGUGCCCAAAGUUUCCUGAAUCUUAAAAAGAAAAAUUGAUAUCAGAUUAUUACCUGUAUGCCCUAGGACUAACAUUCGUGUACAUUAAGGCCCGAUUAAAAAUAUUCUAGAAAUCAGCUGAAUGAGCUUGGCUUCAAGAAAGGUGCGAUGUGUCCCACCAUGAUGCAUGCUGGAACGCCGAGGUUAGUAAGACUUGAGAUUAGUCAAAUCCUACACGAAAUUCAAGCAAUUGUGCUCUUAACACCACUCAGGGUCCAGGUUGCUACCAUAUAGAGGCUUGAUCUCUUUCCCUUAUUAAACUUUUUUCUCAUCUCCUCGCUGACAAUCACGGACACAUGCUACCAUCCUAUACCAACAUUUCUUCGAAGUGUGUCACCAUAUUUGCGCCCCCGUGUGCGCUCAGAUCUUGUACCCACACCGUCCAACUUUGCUCUCAACAUCUCAAGGGAGUGUGGAAUCAAUUACGGGUGUACAAAAUGGACUGGGAGGGCCGGGAAUGGUUUUCUUGGCCAUUGCGAGCAUGGAGCAGGUGGGCCGUGGUUGCCCCGGGUGGCGGCCAGCGGUUGUCCCAGGAAGCAAGCCUUGCGUACUGUGCACGGUAGGAACAUGGAGCGAAGGAGGGUGUAGGUCACAGGUGUGUGAGAGCUGCCCGUGCACCUGGAGGAGCCAGGCCUGACGGGUAGGGGUGAUAGCGUCCCACCCCUGCAGUGGGGCUAGUGCCCCUCCAACUGAGGUGGUCAGCACCCGUCUUGGUGGGGUCCUUUGCCCAAGUACCUCCUGCACGCUCUGAGGAAUAUCCCCGGCUCCUUCAAGCCUCUGCCCCCUCCUUGCUGUUGCCGCCCCUCAAGAGUCUGGUCUUGUCUUCAUCAGGGACACCGGGUCUUCCUAGAGGGAGUAAAAUGUAUUUCCUAAGCAAGACCGCCUGCCCUCUAGCGCAUGCCGCAGACUCGUGUGGGUGCGUUGCUGGGAUGACGGGGAGAGCAGGUGGUCUGCAGGUUGGCCUCAACAUUACCAUGCUCUUACUUCACCAGCUCCCCUCCUCUUAAACUUACCAGACUUGUCAUAUUCCAAUUACAAUGUUGACGCUAAAAUGUCAGUGUUCGCAAAUCUGACUAGCAUUGUCCUGAAGUCGAAAUGACAGGGUAAAAACGCCUCGUGUUACUUGCAGGGCUUCAGUCUAGCUCGGUAGAGCAGUGCACAGAGAGGGGAAAGCUGUUUUCGCUGAUUGGAGAGGAAGGACAGUAACCAAUCACAAGGUAAAUAGUCGCUGGCCCCAAAUACGCUGUCAUUAGUGUGGUCUUGUUUCUCAGGGCGGUGUUUCUGGGGCACCUGCCAGCUGGGGCUAGACGCUGCCAGGUGCUGGAAGGCAGGACAGCCCUUGCCUUUGGAAAGGGUGCAAGCACGGUGUAUUUGGGGUGAGCCAGCUCAUGGGGCAGAGACGCUGAGCUCUGGUGUGGAAGUGACAGCAGGGGGCCGGUAGGGAGGUGAUACCAGAGCUGAGUCCUGAGGGGGUGACCCGGAUGAAAGUACUCCAAGGGUUAACCAGCCUAGUGGGUGUUAAGAGAGUGCACACAAGUCCGUAUGAAGUCUGAAAGGCUGGGGGUGAGGCCGUUCCGUGUGGUCCGGGAGCCUGGGACUUGAUAGGGGAAGAAUCCUGAAGUUCCUUUAGAUCAGGCUUUUAAAAGAUCCGAGCACCGUUUGGAAACUAAGCCAAUGCUUUUCUUCUCUGUGCACAAAAUAUCAGAGGCAGCAUGUGUAGCACUGCUCCAUUACUGAAGAAUCUGCAUCCUGAGUAAAGAAAGACCAGGGGCACCGGUCGGUAGAACAUGUGACUCUUGAUUUCGAGGUUGUGAGUUCGAG